GCUGGCGGCAGAAGCGGCCACGGCGGUUCUGGGCAGGGUAGGGCAGCGCGGCCGGAGCGAGGGGACAGCCGGGGCCGGAGCCGGAGCCGGAACCGUGGCUGGAGACGCCGUCACGGCAGGAGCAGGGUGCGCGGCGUGUCCGGAGGCGAGCGGAGGCCGUGGUGUGUCUGCAGAUCUUGAGCAUCUGGAGCUGACCCUGAGCCCGAGCGCUCGCUGCCGCCGCCUCAGCCUUUGGAGAGAUGUCUGUCCCCUAUGACGACUCCGUGGGCGUGGAGGUGUCCAGUGACAGCUUCUGGGAGGUCGGGAACUACAAGCGGACGGUAAAGCGGAUCGAUGACGGCCACCGCCUGUGCAGUGACCUCAUGAACUGCCUGCAUGAGCGGGCGCGCAUCGAGAAGACCUACGCCCAGCAGCUCACCGAGUGGGCGCGGCGAUGGAAGCAGCUGGUGGAGAAGGGGCCACAGUAUGGAACGGUGGAGAAGGCCUGGAUGGCGGUCAUGUCUGAGGCCGAGAGGGUGAGCGAGCUGCACCUGGAGGUGAAGGCCUCGCUGAUGAACGAGGACUUCGAGAAGAUCAAGAACUGGCAGAAGGAGGCCUUUCACAAGCAGAUGAUGGGCGGCUUCAAGGAGACCAAGGAAGCGGAGGACGGCUUCCGGAAGGCCCAGAAGCCCUGGGCCAAGAAGCUGAAAGAGGUAGAAGCAGCAAAGAAAGCUCACCACGCAGCCUGCAAAGAAGAGAAGCUGGCCAUCUCCCGAGAAGCCAACAGCAAAGCGGAUCCAUCCCUCAACCCCGAGCAGCUCAAGAAAUUGCAAGACAAGGUAGAAAAAUGCAAGCAAGAUGUCCUGAAGACCAAAGAGAAGUACGAGAAGGCCCUGAAGGAGCUGGACCAGAGCACUCCGCAGUACAUGGAGAACAUGGAGCAGGUGUUUGAGCAGUGCCAGCAGUUUGAGGAGAAGCGGCUCCGCUUCUUCCGGGAGGUUAUGCUAGAGGUUCAGAAGCACCUGGACCUGUCCAACGUGGCUGGCUAUAAAACCAUUUACCGUGACCUGGAACAGAGCAUCAAAGCUGCCGAUGCAGUGGAGGACCUGAGGUGGUUCCGAGCCAAUCAUGGGCCGGGCAUGGCCAUGAACUGGCCGCAGUUCGAGGAUGAAGAGUGGUCGGCAGACCUGAAUCGAACUCUCAGCCGAAGAGAGAAGAAGAAGGCCACUGAUGGCAUCACCCUGACAGGCAUCAACCAGACAGGCGACCAGUCUAUGCAGAACAAGCCCAGCAGCACCCUUAGUGUCCUGAGCAACCCCGCCCAGUCUGCGCAGUCUCAGUCCAGCUACAACCCCUUCGAGGACGAGGACGACACGGGCAGCACCGUCAGUGAGAAGGAGGACAUUAAGACCAAGAACGUGAGCAGCUAUGAGAAGACCCAGGGCCACCCGGCUGAUUGGUCUGACGACGAGUCCAACAACCCCUUCUCUUCCACGGAUGCCAACGGGGACUCCAACCCCUUCGACGAGGACACCACCUCGGGGACGGAGGUGCGAGUCCGCGCACUCUACGACUACGAGGGGCAGGAGCACGACGAGCUGAGCUUCCAGGCCGGAGAUGAGCUGACCAAGAUAGAAGACGAGGAUGAGCAGGGCUGGUGCAAAGGACGCUUGGACAGCGGGCAGGUUGGCCUGUACCCAGCCAACUACGUCGAGGCCAUCCAGUGAUGGGCUGUGUGCAGGCUGGCGGAGGGAUGGGAGUGGCUGACCCAGGAGCCCUGUUAGCCUAGGCCUGGGCAGCAGCGCCUCGGGCGGCCCCGCAACCACGUGGGCAUCCACUCCACCUGCGAGAGAUGGUUUCUUGGCCUCCUGGUGUCCUUUGAAGGCAGAUGAGCUGGUCAUUUCCCCUGGGACUCAGCCCCUUUCCACGUGCAUCUGGAGAGGACUGGGCACAGGCAGAUGCAGUGUGGAGAGCCAGGCCCCCCGCCCCGCUAGCUGUGUUGGCUUAUCAUGGAUCUGUCUAUUCUUGACCUUGUCUCCUCCACGCCAAUGGUGGUUACACUGAUUCUUGUUCCACUGAUUAUUUUCUCCAAUGAGUCCCAUACCUGUAAGUUAAAUGAACAAACUUACAUGCCAAUUUCUGAGUAAAGGUUUUGAGGUUUUUAAUUUAAUGCCUAUGUACAGUUACACUUUUUUAUACACCUGUUCUUCCAUUGUACACAAGUGGCGAUGCACACGGAGCCGGACCGUUCUCAAGGACACGGCACCUCCAUUUCCAUGCCUCUUCCUGGGCAGGUGCAGGGCCAUGGCCCUGUGGCAGGGAGUGCCCUUGGCAGAGACCUGGCAGAAAAGUGGGGGUGUGCGCGGUGGGCUUUUGAUGCUGAGUGCACACUGCAGAGAUGACCUUUUGAAGUACUCCCCCAGAGUCGCCAUACUUAAAAAUUAUUUUCAUUCUAUUGCUUAAAACUUUACUCUUGUACGAAUGAACAGUUUUAUCAGUGGUUUGGAAGGUUGAAAAGUUAAAAGGUUAGCUUUUCAGGCAGAUGCAUCUGUAGAUUAAGAUACUUUAUAUUGGACUGCCCUGUCUUGCUGUAUAUCUAUCUGUAUAUAUUAUUUGAUAUUCAGAGAAUCUAAAGAACUCGCCUAGUGUUUAAAUGAGAUUUAACAGCUUCUGAACAUGAGUAAACUGCUUGAAACCUGUGGUGAUCGCCUAGGGCUUGGCUGACUGGCUGACUGGGUCUCCUAUGGGCUCUGAGGCAGCCCUGGCCUCUGGCUGAGUCUGUCCCACUGGCCAACUGUAGCUCCAGCGCCUUGACAGGCCCCAGGUCUGGCUCCCUGCAGAGCACUGUGCAGACUCUGCCAGAGUCUGUCACGCUUGCUGGCUGUGUAGUCACCCGUGUUCUUCAGGCGCUAAGGGAAGCUGGGUCUCUCCCACCACACAGGUCCCUUGGAAGUCCCACGUGGUGGGUGGAGGGGAAGGUGUGGGAGGGCCUUGGUUAGUCGGCCUGAGGGCCCAGCAAGCUGUGCGCUUGUUCCACGUUUGCAGCCAGCGCCGGUCUUGCUUGGGACUGGGUGUGUGUGCUGCGGCAGCUUCCUGGCAGAAGUCUUGUCCUGCACUGCGGUCACCGAAACUGUUGUCUUUUAUUUUCAGGAGUUCCUUUCAGUGUACAGUAUUUUAGAGCAAAAUCAAUAAACAGUCGAUCUCAUGCUUCCCAGA